AAAGCGCACCAACAAAUUGCCCACCACCCAACUGCCGAAUGGCGAGUAAAGAGAAAACAGCGAGUCUCCUGUCGGAGCUGGGCGUGGAGGAUCUCUACGGCUUUCUCGGACUCAAACCAGACAGCACAGAGAAAGAAAUCACUAGAGCCUACAGAAAAAAGGCUCUGAAGUACCAUCCCGACAAGAACCCCGACGACCCUAAUGCUGCUGAGAUGUUCCAGAAGCUGUCCAAAGUGCUGACGGUUCUAACGGACCCCAUGGCCAGAGCUAGCUACGACCGGUGGCUGAAGGCCAAGCAGGUGGCGCAGCGGAGACACCAGGAGCUCAACGCAAAGAGACGUAAGCUGAAAGAGCAGCUGGAGCAGAGGGAGAGCCAGCAGAGCAGUGUCUCAGAGGUUGCCAGUGAGAGAGAGGCAGCGGCCAGCAUGCAGAGAGAGAUAGAGAGGUUGAGGGAGGAGAGCCAGCGAAGGAUCCAGGAACAGACAGAGCUACUGAGGCAGCAGAUGGCUAGAGGAGUAUCGCCAGCAGAGGAGGAUGAGGAAGGUGAUGAAAUGCCCACUCUGAAGGUGACGUGGAAAGCAAAGAAGUCAGAUAUUAGUAACGGAGGCUACGAUCAGGCUCUGCUGCAGGGGCUCUUCUCUUGCUACGGUCCUCUCGACCACAUCCUGAUCUCCGGGAAGAAGAAAGGAAAGGCUCUUGUGUCCUUCCACUCUGGCCACGAUGCUGGAUCAGCAGUGGAGAAAGAGAGGGGUAUGCCAGCAUGCCCUCUAACUGUAUCCUGGGUGUGUGGCCAGCCCAAGACACAAAUUACUAAGAGGGAGGAGAGGGAGAGG